AUGGGUUCGACUCAGUUCGGGAAUUUCAACGACUUUUGUCGCGAUUCUACCCUUCCAGUCUGCAAUCUUUUUGUACCCAACAACCAGCCCCCUAAUGUUGCAUUUGAUGGGUGCGAGCUCGUUGGAAUCCCACUUAGCGGUGGCCGAAACCUUGCGAACCUCGGGUCUAUAUUGCUCGCGUUUAUAAGCAUCCUUGUCUCGUUAGUUUUAGUAUGGCGAUCGGAUCGGAAACAAGCCGCUGUUGGGCGGAGGGAAAUGCAGAUAUUCCUGCUGGGCUUUGCCGUCAUCGAGAUUUGCGAAAUAUUUACCGUCGGUGGUUUUCCCCUUGACGAUAAUGUUCGAAAGGGUUUCUCAGCAGUGCACGUUGCUGCGAUUACGGCGACCUGCUGGAUUCUUUUCCUAAACGCCUUGGUUGGCUUCCAAUUCCUCGACGAUGGCACCCCUGCUUCACUAGGACUGUUUCUCUUCUCUGCCGGAAUUUUAUUCAUCGGUACGGGGUACAUCGCCUUGGACACUGCUUUCAACUGGACCGGCACUUUUGCGACAACCGAGACCAAUAAUUAUCGAAACAUCGCGCUCUAUGUAUUAUACCAGCUCUUCCCGCUCGUUUGUCUGUUCGCAUUCUUUGCCCUGGAAGCAUACCUAGUGGUUCGCGUACUUGGGGAAUUCCGACCAAUGUUGUAUCUCUUCGCGACCACGAUUCUUUUCGCCAUUGGUCAAAUAUUCAACUACGUUAUCAGCACCCACCUCUGCUCGGCGACAAGCGGAAAGAUCAACGGUGCAUUGUUCGAGACCCUUUUUACAUUAAUCUCGGUUGUUGUGCUUUGGAUUUUCUGGAGCAGCAUCACAGAAGAUGACUGGCCCAUGCCAAUGUCGCAACCCGUGCCGGGAUACAGCUAA